AUGAAGACAGAGGGAGAGAUCGAUGCCGAGAUAGGUCGUAAUCGGUACCUUGACGAUAGCAACCGCUACGCUUUUGACGACAGAACGCCAGAUCAUUGGAGACAGGUUCUAGCCCGAGUGCCAGGUAUCACGGACUUCAUGGGCAUCGAUGACGACAGAGGUGUCCUUAAAUACCGGUCGUGGAAGAAUGAUGAGGAGAUUCGGGCCCAAUAUGAGGACCUAGAUGACGAGGAAGAGAAAACACUAGCCCUUAAAGAACUGGAGUUCCAGGUUGUGUUGUAUCUCCUAGACGGCGUGGCCAUUGAGACGGGUUUGAUCAAGAUGCUUUGGUUGGAUGAGCAUGGCAGCAGUGCAUGGGAGAAUCGAGUAGAGACAUCUACUAUAGAACCGCUUGCUGUAGCUUUUCUUGGCUGCACCCAGCUGAGCGAAAUUUCGGGUGGAAGAUAUGGCCGAGGCUCCUUGGUUAGAUAA